GACGUGGACGUGGACGUGGACAUGGAGGACGUGGACGUGGACGUGGACGUGGACGUGGAGAACUUGGACGUGGACAUGGACGUGAACGUGGACGUGGACGUGGACGUGGAGGACUUGGACGUUGACAUGGACGUGGACGUGGACGUGGACAUGGCUUGGACGUGGACGUGGACGUGGACGUGGACGUGGACGUGGACGUGGACGUGGACAUGGACCUGGACAGGGACGUGGACGUGGACGUGGACGUGGACAUGGACGUGGACGUGGACAUGGUCGUGGACGUGGACAUGGACGUGGACGUGGACGUGGACAUGGACGUGGACUGGACAUGGACGUGGACGUGGACGUGGACGUGGACAUGGACGUGGACGUGGACAUGGACGUGGACGUGGACGUGGACGUGGAGGUGGACGUGGACGUGGAGGUGGACGUGGAGUGGACGUGGACGUGGACGUGGACGCGGACGUGGACGUGGACAUGGACGUGGACAUGGACGUGGACAUGGACGUGGACGUGGACGUGGACGUGGACGUGGACAUGGACGUGGACGUAGACGUGGACGUGGACGUGGACGUGGACAUGGACGUGGACGUGGACGUGGACGUGGACGUGGAGGACGUGGACGUGGACGUGGACGUGGACGUGGACGUGGAGAACUUGGACGUGGACAUGGACGUGAACGUGGACGUGGACGUGGACGUGGAGGACUUGGACGUGGACCUGGACGUGGACGUGGAGUGGACGUGGACGUGGACGUGGACGUUGACGUGGACGUGGACGUGGACGUGA